GGUGUUUUGAGUUCAACAUGACAAAUCGACCUGCAAGUUUCUAGUCAGUCGUGAAAAAAACAAGGCUCGGCGAAGAGUUCCAUGUGUUCUGACUGACUACUGAAAGAAACAGAGUACCGGACGAGAUAAAUUAAUUAUCAAUGAACCUAUAUAGGAAUUUUGGGAAUCUACUGGAGAGUUGGGUGACUGAAGGAUACCAGGAUUUAUACUUACAGACUGGACCUGGUGUGGAUAAAUUAGAUUCCAUUUCUAGGGACUCUGUCCCACUAUCCAAUGUAAAAUCAGAAUCGGAAGACUCUGGAUUGGAGACGGUUAGUACAACCAGUCCCUGUCAUUCUCACCAAUGUAGUGCAUUGACAUCUGAAGAAUCACAAACAGUUUUUAGCUCUACAGAGGAUGAGGUUCAGCCUUCAUCCCCGUCUCAUUCUGUUUGUUCCUCCUCAACCUCAAGUGUCGAUCUCAGCUCUUUGGCUCCAAAAACGAGAUGUCUUGAGGUUGAACAAGCCUUGAGAAGGACAGAUUUAACCUCAUGGAGAAGACUGCCACAUAAGAUGGAAAGCGGGACCACUGGGCCACGAUAUCAUUCUAACACUGCUUCUUUUCCAACCAUUCACUCAAACAGCUCCACACCACAUCAUUGGUUUGCCCGUCCAAAAAGAACUCAUUCACAACCUCCAGAUCCUAAGAAAGCAGCGUUGUACAGAAAAUACCUAAAAUUACAUCAACAUGGCCAACCAGUACACGGCCAGCUGGAGCAGUUUGCAGAUGGUGAUCAAUACAGGCUGGACAAGCUGUCUCCAGGGUUGCUGUACCUGGAGCAGGUGUGCAGGAUGCUGGAGAACAUUGCAAAGCUACAGCAGCAAAACUACAGCCUGCAGAAAGAGGUGGAGAUCCUGAAGAGUCAGCAUGCUGAAGUAGAGCAUGGAAUUUUGCAUGAGGAGGAAAUAAGCUAUCUUGCCAGUCAAGGUUUACAGAUUCUGGGUCAUAAAGAUCCACUCAGUGAGGCAUCUCACCUAAAAGAACCCAUGGUGUUUCGUCACAGAUCAGUAUCUGACACUCAGGCAACUGUCAGCUUUCACAGGAGAACAAGGUUUGUUCGAAAUGAACCUACUGUAGAAGUCUUUGUUGAAGAACCUGAUGGCAAAAAUCCUCUACCUGAAAAUGAGCACAAAAAGCAGAGUAAGAUACAAAAGCUGAAAUUCACAUCCUUUAGAAGGCAGGAAACACAACAACCUGACAGAGAAAGCAAAAGCUGCCAUCUGUGGCCCUGUGGGGCAUGGGCACUGUGGAGGAAGAGGCUGAGGACCUGACCACAGAACAAUCUGUCCUUCUGCUAUGAACCUAUGUAUUACAACACAAGAAAGCAGAAGCCCACAAUUCUAAAAUGGCUGCCAAUGCUCAUUUGAAGACAGUUGUGAAUUGCUGUUUGUAACCUAUUUUACUUCCAUAAUGUAACAUAUUUCAUGACGUCAAACUGGGUGUUCAACAAGGGAAAAUGUAGGACUGGACUGGAUUUAUUUAGCAUAAAUUGUUUGGACGGUUAAAAGUGGGUGUGGCCUACCAAAAAUGUCCAUGAUGAGAGAAACACUGUUUUCAUUUAAAAUAUAUGUAAAUAUAAAUAAUGUUGAAUGAACAAGAUAUUUAUUAGACAUUUUUUUGCAUAUUGAUAAAGAGUAGUAUUGUGAUAUUUAUGGGAAUAUAUUGGGAAUAUAUGCUUUUAUAAAAGUAUUUCAAAAUACUUAAUAUUAAGGACACAAAAUAGGACACUAAAGUUUUCCGUUUUCUUACUCUACAUUAUAUAGACUGGUACGCAUCCAGGACCAGAAUAUGUUUGAGUUCUGUUUAAGUCAUUAAUUUUUGGUAAGAUGGACACGUGAAAUGGUGUAACAAUUUUGAGUUAUCUUAGAUAAAAAUGUUUUCAAUUUAAAAAAUGGUUUGUAAAUGAGUGAGUUUUAUUAACAGUGGUGAGGACACUGACAUAGCUGUAAUAGUUCUCUCCACGCUUGUGCAAGAUGUAAUGAUAGAGAACGUACUAGAGAGAGAAAAAUGAGAGGGAGGGAGAGAGAAGCAGAGAAAGAGGAAGCUGACCUACAUGCAGCAGAAAAAGGUAGAGAGAGAACAUGUAUCCUUUUUCUCCACAUCCACUGUGCUUGUGAUCUUAUGUGAUAAAAUAGAACGCUUCCAUUAUAAUUAACAAAGCUGCUUACACUGCAGGAGCGCAACAGCACUUUAAUGAUUAUCACAGGAGUUUUGUCGUGUCACAGUGCUCUGCUUGCUUGCAGAGUCGAAGAAGAAUGCUACAUUCAUGACAUGUUGGAAUUACCAUAAUUACCAAGAUUAGUAAAAAACAGUCUUUGGACUUGUAAUUACACAUUCGAAACUUAGAAAUUAAUGAAAGCCUGCGGUGAGAUUAUAUAAAACCUCUAAUAGUAGUGACAUCAACACAGACAUUAUACUUAUGUAUGUCGCAUGUUUGGAAAAACAUAAUUUCAGUUGUACAGACUUAUUCAAGGCUGUUAACUGGCUACUGUUAUACAUUUACCAUUUAAUAUGAUAUUUUCAUACAGUAUACAUAUGUGUACUUGUCUUGUAUAUAUGUCUGUAUGAACAAGAGGCUAUCUACUCUCAAGCUAAUCUUGAAUAUAGAUCCAAAGUAAAUACCAAAGAUGAUGACUGGGUUUCCAAACAUUAGAAAUUCUUAUUACAGUUGAUGGCGCUUUCAUCUAUAAAAUCUGUCAAAUCAUGACAGCAGCUUUAGUAGAGUGGAGAGUGAAACAUUACAGUAUGACAAAAGAGGUUUGCAGAAAAUGGGGGUGCACGUAAGUUUGUCUGUCACUCACAUAAAAAAAAUUAAUAAAAAAUUAAUAAAAAAAUUAAUAAAAAAAAAUUAACUGUGUGUGAACUUAACUACAUUAAAUAAAUACACAAUACACAUAAAUGCACAAAUUCACAUAAAUACAAAACUGACAACUACAUUCUGUUGCUGUGUUCUGUUGCUGAAUGCGACCAUAACGGGCUUAAAUGUUUUUAGCAAUAUUUUGUAAGACAAUAGAGGAAUUUGUUUGAUGUACAGUAUUUUGUUGUCAUCAACAAUGUCACGCAUGCAUCCAUGUUAGCAUUAUGAGUUAGAGAACCUAAAGAGACAGUAUUCAAAUAUAUUUUAUAUAAAUAACUUUUGAGAGGAUUAUUUUUUUACAUACAAUGGAUGACAUUUUUUUAUUUUCUGUAGAUAUGAUCUAUGAUUGAUAUGACUGUGAGUAAUUUUGGGUGAACUAAAAAAAAAAAUCAUUCAGAGCAGAAUCUCUGAGUUGUAAUCAUGCAUUGUGUGCAAAUAUGUGUUUUUCCUGCUGAUAUUUUAAAGUGUGUUACCAACUGACACAUUUCUAUCCCAUGCCACAAGAGAUGAGAAACUGUCAAACAGUAAACAAAGAUUACUAUAUUGUAAGCCGAGUGACUGUUUUAAGUCUAGGUGGAUCAAUUGGACUUGUUUAAUUUGUAAUUAUUUUCUUGGUUGUUAGCUAAAAGAACAACGCUGGCAUUGCAGACAUAUCUGGGAGCAUUUACACUAUAUUAACCUAAAGAAUGUACUUCAGCAGUUGAGAAAUAAGUCAUUUACUACAGAAUUCGAACUCUGACAUGAUUCACACAUAGCAUGAAUAAGCUAGUAAUAGCACUGUAAGCUAGAUUGUCUAUUUAUGGCGUCUCUCCACUAUCUGUGUUCUUCUUUCCUCCUCCCCCAUCCAUCCAUUUCUGAAGAUUCACACUGUUCUCCACCCACAGCCAUGGACCUCCACUCACACACCCACCCACCCACACUCUGGAACAUGCGCAGGCAAGAGCACAAAAACAUGUUUUGAAACAGCUCCUUGACGUUGUUGUGACUAAUCAGACCUACUAGUCAUGAUAACCUCUGUUUAUUUAAUUCUCAUCUGUCUCAUUGGUUUAGUUGUUUACAAUGAUUUAAUUAGGAUGUGAACACAGGAUGUGGCACCAAACCGUCCGCCAUUUUCUGGAGGUCACAGAAGCACUGAUCAGCCAGUAACUGUCAGUCACAUUCAUUUGAGUUGCCACGGCACCGCAGAGCUGUGAGGCAGAGCCAAAAAUAACCACAAGCUCUUACUGGCUCACACACACAUACACACACAAAGGUGCGAAUAAGCUUUCUGACAUCAUCGUAGUCUGCUGGUUCAUGGGCAUUGCAACCAAUAAG